CCCAAUGAACAUAGUAUUUCAGUGAUCAAAUACUUCUCUUACAAAAUUUUUCUUCACUUCCAGGUAGCGAUAAAAAUUAUCGAUAAGACAUGCCUAAAUCGGGAAUACCUAACCAAAACAUUCCGCGAGAUUUCCAUUUUGAAAUCGCUGCGCCAUGCGCACAUCACUCGUCUCUAUGAGGUGAUGCAGUCAGAGACAAUGAUCUAUCUUGUCACAGAGUAUGCGUCCAACGGCGAGAUAUUCGAUCAUCUGGCAGAGAAUGGACCUAUGAAAGAGCAGGAAGCGGCGCGCGUUUUCACACAAUUGGUCUCAGCCGUGCAGUAUUGCCAUUCGAUGGGCGUGGUGCAUCGUGAUCUCAAAGCGGAAAAUGUUUUGCUCGAUAAGGAUAUGAAUAUCAAGCUCGCUGACUUCGGCUUCAGUAAUCGCUACGAAGAGGGCAAUCCGUUGACAACGUGGUGCGGUUCGCCACCAUAUGCCGCACCUGAAGUAUUUCAGGGUCUGGAAUAUGAUGGACCCAAAGCAGACAUCUGGAGCUUGGGCGUCGUGCUGUACGCGCUAGUGUGCGGUGCACUGCCUUUCAAUGGUGAUACGCUGCUGGAGUUGAAAGGACGCGUGGUUACUGGAAAAUUUCGCAUACCAUACUUUAUGUCACGAGACUGUGAGCACCUCUUACGUAAUAUGCUGGUCGUUGAGCCAGAUCGACGUUAUACAUUAAAACAAAUUAUAAAACAUCGCUGGCUAAGCGAUUGGGCAGCGGAACUGGAUGAUUACGCACAACAUUCCGACAGCAGUCCACUUGCGCGUAGCGACAGCAAUAGCAGCUGCAAUGCGCAAACGACAGCGACUGUUGCCAACCUAGAUACGGAGAUAAUGAAGAAUAUGCUACAAUUGCCUGGACUGACCGCCGAUAUGAUUGCCGAGUCGGUGCAUAAUCAUCGCUUCGAUAAUAUAUAUGCCAUUUAUUAUUUGCUUGCCGAUAAGUUGCAGCAAAGGCGACGAGAACAACAUAGAAUGCAGCAUCAAGCUGCCUAUUCAAGAUUACGCAAAACUAGUAUCACCACUGGUGUGGUCGAUCGCUCUGAGCCAAUCAAACAGGAGUCGGUCGAUCGCUUAAGUCCACUUACCAACACCAAUGCACUACAAAGUGGAUUAGGAUUUCAUUGGAGCGAUGUUUCGGUGGAUUUAGAGAAAUUCGGCGAUUUCGAAUUAGAAUGUCUGGCGCGACCGAAUGAGCCACAAAACCAAAAUCAAAAUCACCUGUGUGCCAAUGCCGGUGGAAACGGCACUAAUACGCGGCGACAUACUGUGGGUCCUGGCGAUGUGGCACACGAACAGGCGCUUGCCAAUCCAAAUGUGCCGCCAAUCAAUUUCAAGUGCACACCAGAGAAUAAAGACGAGACUGGUGCCUACUUGCCAAUGAACCUGCCAAUGUUACAAAAUCAACCGCUACACAAUUUAACCAUAAAGGAUCAGCAUCUAUUGAAGCCACCAGUGGUGAUGGGUGCCAGUUCAUUUGGACGUCGCGCUUCUGACGGUGGCGCCAAUCUACACAUCUACUAUCCUUCUUCGGUAAAUAAUAUGCAACAAGUUGCCGGUCAAGCGCAACAAAUGGACGCGAAUGCAUAUUAUAUCAGUCCGAAUGUGGCAAAUCCUGCAGGCCUAAGCGGCGCGCCAACAGAUCGUAUGCUGGGUCAAGGUGUGGGCGAACAAACACAACUGCAACAGUUGGGUGCCGGCGAUUCUGUGAGCGAGGAGAACAACGAGGAGAUACAAAAAUACAUUCAAAUUCGUGGUAAACGACACACCGUCAGCUGUACGGAAGACCUGUCCAUACAGCAUCAUUCCGGCGAGACUUGUCCCGUGUGUGGUGUUUAUGAACCGCCUAUAGUGCCACAAAUGCCUACCAUUAUGUCACAGCAGUCGACUGGCGCUGGAGCAACAGGUGGUGGUGGUGGUGGUAUUCGCACAAGACGUACCGGCCUGCUGACUGUAACAGAACGACCGCCAGUGAUAAGUCCUGAGCUUAUACGCGAGGUGGAAUCGCGCAUGAAUCGCAAUUACUUGCCACCUGCUUUAAAAAUGCAGCAACAUCAAUCACAUCCGCACCAGCAUAGCGCAACGAAUCCCACGCUCAGCCAAUCCCCUCCCACUGGCGCCUUUGCGCCUUACCAUUCGUCAUCGAGCGCCAAUAUUUUGCCUACCCAGGCAUUAGCAAAUGCAGCCAUGACGGCACAAGGUCCUCCUAACGCUUCUGGAAAUAGUAGGCGUGUUCAUUUCAAAUCCACCAACAAGCUGCCAACCGUGCAAGAAGUUGGACGCUACAGCCCCGUAAGGCGCGCAUCCGAAGGAUCGAAAGCACAAUUCCAAGGACCAUUACAAGAGUGUCAGUAUCUGCAAAAAGUAUCAGCACAACGUAAUUUUUUGGUUGCACCAACACCGCCACUUUCAGAUAAUUCAAUUAGUUUACCUGGUUCCCCCAUACAUGGCAAGCCCGCUCCGCACAUGAUAUUCCGCCGUGGUCAAGAUAUUGAGGUACCACCUGAAGCUGUACGAGCUCUGAUGCCGCAGCUUGAUCGCCUUGUCAGGGAGCAUCGACUGAGCACGGAUAUAGCCAAUAAAGUAAUAGCUACUGGUAUGGUGCCGCUUGACUUAGCGUCCCAUUUGGGCUUGACAGCACAUUCCGCAAGUGCUGCCGUAAGUGGUGGCCACCUAGAGACGGCGUCGUCUCCCAUGCAACACCAAGCAAUGUAUAGUUUGAGUGUGUCGCCACUCUCCUUGCCAAAUAGCGCUAGCGCCAGCGUUAUGGGCGCCGUUAGUGGACCGUUAACGGCACCACCAACUGCAUGUAGCCACAAUAUGGGUGCACACUCGAAACAGAUGCUGGGUCAAGGUCCAUACCAGCAACAGUAUUUGGGUCUAAUGCAUCCGCAAAUGCAUUAUCCCGGCAAUGGACUGGUUGGUCAAUUCAGUCACAUAACACUUAGUGCGGGUGUGAGUACUUGCGCGAGUGCAGGUCAAUUUAGUGGUUCAAAUAGCAGUAGCGGUUGUCAGUCGCCCAUUUAUAGCAGUUUUAGCGGCUCAUCUUCACCCAACCCCUAUAUGCCAGGCGCAGGGCCAUUCAAUCCCUGCAGUAUUGUCGGCAGCGGUGGCGGCGGUGGUGGCUCAUCACCACUGCAUCAAAUUACGAAAGGUAUCUCGGUGCUUUCCACUGGCGGCGGUGGUUCGAUUACACGCGGCACUUCAGCUGCCAGUGAAAUAGCCUCCUCCGCAGCCGCCGCUGCUGCUGCAGCCAAUCAGCCGCUAGAUCUUUCCAUGGAUGUGUGUGCUUCGGACAGCUCUGCUGCGGAAACGCCCACGAAUGCAUUUGCUCAACAACAUGUCAACUGGAUGUUGCCGCAAGUAACUUGCUUCGAUCUCAAGCCGCUAAAUUUGUCGCCAGCACAGCCGGUGCGGGUUGUGCCCACGCCACCUGCCUCGCCCAAUCUUUGUAUCAUACAGGAGGAGAAUGCCAAUGGACAAAUGUAUCAUACCAUCACAACGGGUACGCCACAUGCAGGCUGCACCGGCGGGCUAAUCAACGAGGAUUUAGCAUCGCCAUGUCAACCGUCGCAUCCGCAAAUAUGUCUGACAGAUGUGCAGGGCAGCGAGAUCACGUUGGUGGCGCUGAGUUCAGAAAAUAGCCGGGACAGUGACUGCGAUUCGCUAGAGCCGCACACGUCUCUGAUGUCAUUACAGGGACUUAUAAUCACUGAACCUUCCAGCGAUAUGCCUUCGAUUACACGUGGCAUAGGACGCAAAACUAGUUUAGAAUGCGCUAACGACAGCCACACGACGCGUCUAGAAAGCGAUGCUAGCACGUCCAGUAAUGCACAAAACGCCAGCGAUUCACAUCGACGCGGCAGUGAUAAAUCGCUUGGCUUCUCCGACGAUUCACUAAGUAAUGAUUCAAACAAUCUCUCACCCUGUCAAGAGCCUUCCGCUAGCUCCGGCUUCAAAUCGGACUCACAUUCCGAGAUUGGCGAUCAUACCGAGGGACAUUUAUCACCCGAUUCCAUUUGCGAUUCACGACGCAUGUCAGAAGAGAUGUGCUACGAAGUGCCGUUGCCGCAUGAAUGCUCCAACCUUGACCCGACACGCAUACUGGAGUUGGUCAAACAAACCAUUGACCAAACGAUGCCACCAAAAGGUGCAGUCCUGCACAAAGGACUGCCGGAAGAGUACGUUGGUAGCGCGAGCGUAGCUGGAGCAACUGGUGAGACACGCAUAAGUAACGCCAGCGAAUCAUCAGCGACAUCGAUGGACACCAGCAGUAGCACGUCAGGCUACUGUGGCGGCUUUGGCGGUACCGUUGGAGUUGGCGGAGGUGGCGGUAGCACAAGUACAAAUCUUAGCUUGGAGUACUCGGGCGGCCUACAAAUCGAGUUGCAAGUGUGUGAAGGCCGCAGCCGUGACAAUCAAAUGGCUGGCAAAGGUAUCAAACUGCGACGCAUCUCGGGCGAUCAAUUCGAAUAUGGCAAAUUGUGUCAGCAGUUGAUUAACAAGUUAACCAUGCAGCAGGUAGCCGGUUAAGUACAAGUGCAAGUAAAAAAGAAUUGUAAGCGUGAGUAAACCGUGAGCACUUUGGAUGUACAUACCUACAUAUGUAUGUAUGUAGUAUGUGCAUAGCAUUUAUGGUAGCACGUGGCGUGGCGUAUAAGUAAGGCGUGUAAAUCAGGAGCGUGUAAAA